GUUAGGAGAAGUACUGAUUGGAGGGUAUUUUGUUAGGUUAAAUAAACAUAUAUUUUAAAGUUUAUGAAAGAAUUACUUUCUCGCGAAAGAGGCGAUCUUUGAAACUUCAACAAAUGAGAUUAGUAUUGGUCUCAGCGUUCAAGGAUUUUUCACGAAGACGCAGCAGCUGGAGACGAUGGCCCCGGCCCUGACCAAGACGUCUGCAGACGGCCACGGAAUCCACCUGUCUUCCCCGUUGACGUCGGGCAGCAUCGACCUGGACGGAGCCCUCCUUGGCAGUGAGUUGGACCCGCAGAAGAAGCUGAUGGAGGAGGACCGCGCCCAGACAGCCUGGCUGAACCUCACCUUCCUCCCCUCACCUGAUGUCUGUUCCGGAAAUGCCCUGGAGCUCCAGACCCCGCUGCUGUCCCCCCAGGCCCAGGCCCCUGGGGGCUACAAAACCAUGUUCCACUCCAGUCCGGUGUCAGUUCUCGGCCUGCUCUCCUUGAGCAAAAAUCUGGCCGACCCCCUGGCGCCUUGUCCACAGCGGCUGGAUGCUUGUUUCCUGCCUGUGCCUGAGUGUGAAGGCCAAGGCCUGGCACAGUCGCAUCAGAGCAUGAGUUCUUGGCGUGUGCAGUUCGCGCAGCCCCCCUCGGGGCACGGUGCGGGGGACGACGAAGCCCUGAUCCAUGGGAUGCCUGUUACACCCCCGCGAGUGCAGGGCAGCAAAGCAGGCUGGUGCUGGCCCAUGAGCACAGUGCUGGAGGAAGCUGCGCAUUCACAGACACUGCAGUGUUGCUCCCGGCAGCGUGCCCUGCGUGGGCGUGCUGUUGGGCUCCAGGGGAGGCUGCAGAGCCUCCUGGGGCAGCACACUGCCCGCCACUGCGACCUCCAGCUGAGGGGUCUGAUGUCCAGGAAAGACUUCCCUCAAGGGUCACUCUCUCCCCUGGAGCUGUGCUCCCCCCCAGAGGCAAAGCCAUUUGACACCACCAUGGGGCAGGAGCUGAAGGCUCCGUGGAACAGCUUGUCUCCUCCGCAGCAGGAGUCACCCCUGUCCCCUCAGAGGUCCACAGAAAUUUGGAGGUUUGUCCGUUGUGCCUGGGCCAUGAUGAGAGAGACACAGAAAGCACUGGACUCAGAUGCCACAGACAGCAGUUCUGAUGAGGAGUGGGACCUUGAGGAGGUGCAAGGGAGUGUGCCAGUGUGCCAGGGGUGUGAGUGGAGGUGGCAGGCAGAGCGUGCAGAGAUCGGCAGCCGCUGGACCUGGCUGAAAGUUCGAGUGUCAGAACUGGAGCUCAAGAUCCAACAUCUUAAUGAGCUUCAUCAGCAGAUCAUCUCCACAAAAGGGGGUGUGGUCCUGGCUGAGCCACAGGCCCCAGCGGACAGGCGGAUGCUGCUGACGGAUAUUGCAGGGCAGUCCUGUGCCGGGGAAAGUAACUACGCCCCUGACCCCGCCUCUGACCCUGAGAUGGAGCCCAGCAGCCCCACACGGCUCCUGAGGAACAUCGAGAGACAGAGUGCCCAGCUGACACAGAUUGUCAACAGCCUGAUGCCCCCCUUCAGCUUCUCUCCCUCCUCGUCACCUGUCUCCAAACCAUCCUGCAAGUGGAGGGGGCGGAGCAAGAGGAGCCUCAGCAGUGAUCUCUGCUUCCAGGGCGUCUCCCCAAUUCCCAGCCAGGUGGGGCUGAAGAGGCGGAGGGUGUGCCACAGGCGGCCGAGGCUCCCCCAGCUGGACAGCACCUGCAUCUCCGCCCGCACCCGCCCCCUGAUGACCUAUCACAAGCCCCGCCUCUUCACCUUAGACCCGCCCAGUUGCCUGGGAAGACAGGGCCUGGAGCCCAUCCUUUCGCUCUCUCCCAGCGGGUGCCCCGGCAACCCCCAAGCUGUGAACACACACCCCUCAUGCCCCAGCAAGCCUCUGGUAAGGGGGAGGUGCAAAGGGGUGGGAAGUAGGAGGCCACAUCCAGUCCUUUCCCUCACCUCAGAGACACCAUUCCCCCUCUGGCUACAGAGUGCCUGGCUCAGGGAGGACUGGGUGCAGCAGACAGCGCUGGUCAAGGCCGAGGAGCCAAGUUCCUCCCACUGUGGCAGCUUUCGGGAUGAAGAGGCAUGCUUCCCAGUUGCAUUCGAAUGUAGCCGUGCCAAGGAGUAUCACAGGAAGAGGCCCAGGAAGGAGUGCGGGGAGGGGUUCCCGGUGCGGUGGACCCCCGCAGCUCAACGCUGCUCUGGGCAAGCAUGGCAGGCGCACAGGAAGAGGAGGUGCAGCAGUGGGACAGCGGAAGAUGGGAACAUCUACCGGUCCCAUCUCUCAGAAACAACAUAUCACUUCCCCCCAACCCCUGAGGACAGCCCACCAGAUCUCAUGACCCCCCGGAACAGUGAGACACAGAAGCCACCUGCACAGAUCUCAGCCCGCCGGCGCCUCCGUGGUGAGUGCUUCUACGACAUCGACAACAUCGUCAUCCCCAUGUCCUUGGCGGCUGGCACCAAAGUGGAGCCCCUGCGCUACAAGGACAUCCUCACCCCAAGCUGGCGCAUCAUCAACAUUGUGCCACUAGAGGAGAAGGAAGGGAAUAAGGACGAGGGAGAGGUGCUGUCAGAUGAGGCCUUCGCUCGCCGGCACUGUGCCGGGGAGCAGAGGGAGCGGCUCAGAUGGUCCUCGUGGGCAAAUGGGCGGAGUCAGAGGAGGAGCUGCAGGUCUUCGGGCAGUAAUGCAGAUGGCAGUCCGGACGGACACCCGUCUGCACAGGACUGCACAGCCUGGAGGGAUCUGACUGCGCAGUCCAACUGGGGCUGUGUCCAUGCUGAUACAGAGCCUGAGGACAGCCUACAGGAGCACACAUUCCUGUUGCCAUGGGAACGACGGGCUUUCCCCCUGUGUGAGGCUGAGGAGGAGGCCCUGAGGCCUGAGGGAGAUACUCUGGCCUCUCCGCAGUCUGACGAGGGGACUGAGUCCCGUGGCGUGGACACCUACUCAGAGCACAGCCUCUCUGGCGCCGAUUGCAGCACCACAGUGCCCUCUGCUGGGAGCAGGGGGAACAGUCUGUCCAAGGCUUGCAAUGUCGGGGUUCUCAGGAAUUAAGCAAUUUCAGCAAACCCUCUGAGACUUCCCAGCAGCGCCACAUAAGAAGCACAGGGUCCCUCUGGAACAUGUGACAGAAGAGCAGGGGCUGUCAUCUGCUGUGAUCCCAGAGGUGAUCUGGAACAUGAAACCUGGGAUUUUCACUGCGACAAACAGCGAGCCUUCCUCAUUCGGAAUGAGUGAAAAGGAGGUUUGUUAUUAUCCUCCAUCCUGCCAGUCUUUUUAUUCCCUCCAAAAAGCCUUUUAAAAUGGGCCUUUGUGUUAUGUGCCCACACUGCCAGUCUCCUGCUUCUGCUGAGGAGAUUUAUGUGACCUUUUUAAGCUGUAAUGUAAUCUCAGGACUAGCGGUUUGCCAGUCCUCGAAAAUGUUUGGGAACCUCAGUGUAUUUUUACAGAACUGUUGGGGAGCAUUGU